GCCCAAUUCCAUUUUAAAUCCUGAAUCAUUAGUUUUCAAAUCCAGAUUCCCCAACAAAACCAUACUUUUCUUCGCUCAAAAAUUCAAUAAUAAGUCUAUCUUAAUUAAAUAAAAUUAAGAAAAACAAAAAACCAACAACCAAUUCUAUUCUCAUUUUUAAUUACCAUUAUACCCUCCUCAACCUUGCGUUAAAAAAAAAAAAACCCUCUAAAUCUUCAGGCCUUCAGCGUCCCUCCCGAAAGCGAAGGCAAAAAAAAAAAAAACUGAAAAACGUUCUCUCCCUCGAAACCCACCAUUACGGCAAAUGGCGACGACGGUCACCGCCAACCUGAGCCGCGAUCAGUACGUUUACUUAGCGAAGCUAUCCGAGCAAGCUGAGCGCUAUGAGGAGAUGCUUCAGUUCAUGCAAAAGCUGGUCCUGGGCUCAACCCCAGCCGCUGAAUUAACCGUCGAGGAAAGGAACCUUCUCUCCGUCGCCUACAAAAACGUCAUCGGAUCUCUACGUGCCGCGUGGAGAAUCGUUUCUUCCAUCGAGCAGAAAGAAGAAGGUCGAAAGAACGAGGAACAUGUUGUGCUGGUUAAGGAGUACAGAUCCAAGAUUGAAUCCGAGUUGUCGGAAGUUUGCGCUAGUAUCUUGACUUUAUUGGAGUCGAAUCUGAUCCUCUCUGCUACUGCUAGUGAGUCCAAGGUUUUCUAUUUGAAGAUGAAAGGAGAUUAUCAUCGCUAUUUAGCGGAGUUUAAGGUUGGUGAUGAGAGGAAAGCUGCUGCUGAGGAUACUAUGUUGUCUUACAAGGCUGCUCAGGAUAUUGCACUGGAGGAUCUAGCACCGACGCACCCUAUCAGAUUGGGGCUUGCGCUGAAUUUCUCGGUGUUCUACUAUGAGAUUCUCAAUCAGUCAGACAAGGCAUGUAGCAUGGCUAAACAGGCAUUUGAGGAAGCCAUUGCUGAGCUUGACACACUGGGAGAAGAGUCAUACAAGGAUAGCACUCUCAUUAUGCAACUGCUAAGGGAUAAUCUUACUCUCUGGACUUCGGAUGUGCAGGACCAGUUAGAUGAGCCGUAGAAGGUGUGUUAUAGCGGUGUUGGUCCUAUUCUUCAUCUGAAGGAGGUGGGCUUUGAAUGUCAUUUGAUUCUCUGAUUACAGUGUGUAAUUUAAAAAAUGGGAAGCAACCCAUGGCAAUGAUGUUGCUAUAUUCUGUACUGAACUUGUUUUUGGAAUGUGGAAGUGAUUUUUAUUAGAGUAGCAUUUGGGCAUUAUUUUUUUUUUGUUUAUUUUAUCUUCAUCGAACAGUUAGUCGUUUCCUGAA